AACAUGGAAUCCAAGAAUCAAACAGCUACAAUAGAAUUUCUGCUCUUGGGCCUUUCAGAUGAUCCAGAAUUACAACCCAUUCUCUUUGGACUAUUCCUGUUUAUGUACCUGGUCACAUUUCUUGGGAACCUACUCAUUACCCUGACCAUCAGUUCAGAUUUCCGUCUCCAUACACCCAUGUACUUUUUACUCUCCCACCUAUCCUUGACGGACAUCUGUAUAAGCUCAGCCACAGUACCGAAGAUGCUUUGGAACAUCCAAGCGCAGGAUCAGAGAAUAUCAUAUACAGGCUGCCUCACUCAGGCUUGCUUCGUCUUGAUUUUUGCUGGAUUAGAAAAUUGUUUGCUUGCAGCAAUGGCCUAUGAUCGCUAUGUGGCGAUUUGCCACCCUCUAAGGUACACAGUCAUCAUGAAUCCACACUUCUGCAUUCUACUGAUUCUAGUUUCACUAAUCAUUAGUGUUGUGAAUGCACUACUGCUUAGUCUCAUGGUGCUGCGGCUGACUUUCUGCACAGACUUGGAAAUCCCCCACUUCUUCUGUGAACUUGCUCAGAUCAUAAAGCUUGCAUGCUCUGACACGCUUAUCAAUAAGAUUUUGAUUUAUAUUGCAGCUGUCCUAUUUGGUGGUAUUCCUUUCUUAGGAAUUUUUCUGUCUUAUAUUGAAAUUAUCUCGUCUGUUUUCAAAAUCCCAUCAGUGCAAGGACGGUAUAAAGCUUUUUCCACUUGUGGGUCUCACCUGUCAGUUGUUUCCUUGUUUUAUGGGUCAGGUUUGGGAGUGUAUAUUAGCUCUGCAGUUACAGAAUCUCCCAGAAAGACUGCAGUGGCUUCAGUAAUGUAUUCCACAGUCACUCAGAUGCUGAACCCAUUUAUCUACAGUCUGAGGAACAGGGACAUAAAGGAGGCCUUGAGAAUGCUCAUCUUUAGGAUGGCACACUUUAUGCAAUGUGGUCAUUCUUAG